AUGAACAGUAUGAAAACGCUUGUAGCCACUUUUGUUUACAAAGAAGAUAGCAUGAUAAGAGACAGAAUUAUCAAUGUAAUUUGGAACGCGGUACUCAAGGACAAAUUGUUGACAAACAGUGAUUUGACAAUGGACAAGGCGGAAGAAAUAUACAAGACUGCAGAAGCAACUAAAUUGGAACUGAAGGAAAUGUCAACUACUUAA